GCUACAGACCCCUUUCCCUUCAUCCCUUGCUUUGAAAAUUUAAAAAUUUAAAAUGGGAGGCAGAGAAAUCAAAUCGACACCUACCAGCAGGAUAGUUCCCACUCUCGAGGCAAAAGCUUCUCUUUUUUUUUGUUGUUGUUGUUGUUGUUGUUGACAGGUUGAACUAGCAAUCGCUUCGAAUUCCUCUUUGCUCUCCGAAGAGAAAAUACAGCGAGAGCACCACAAAUCAAAACCAUUGCCGCGCACUCUAUUGCUCCGGCGAAGUUCAUUCAUUCCAGCAUGGCCUCGAAGAAGGAAGUAAGAAGAGGACAAGUCAUCGGAAUCGACUUAGGGACGACCUACUCAUGCGUUGCCGUCGCUCGAAACGGCACGGCAGAGAUCAUCGCCAACGACCUAGGCAGCCGAACCACACCUUCCUCCGUGGCUUUUACUGCCGACGGUUCCGGGCGCCUCAUAGGUGAAGCGGCCAAGAAUCAGGCGGCACGUAACCCUCGCCGGACAAUCUUCGACGCCAAACGCCUGAUAGGGAAAAAGUUCGACGACCCAGAGGUCCAGAGGGACUUGAGGUACUUACCGUAUCCGGUGGUGAACCGAGGCGGGAACCCGUGCGUGGAAAUAGACGAAGUGAAGGCAGAAGAAGGCGGAGGAAGAUUGACCAAAAGAGGGUUUGCCCCGGAAGAGAUCAGCGCCAUGAUAUUGGGGAAAAUGAAGGAAACUGCUGAAUCUUACCUGGGCGAGCCGGUAAGUGGCGCUGUUGUCACUGUCCCGGCCUAUUUCAACGACAAGCAGAGGCAGGCAACAAAGGACGCGGGCAGAAUAGCAGGGCUAAACGUGCUCCGGAUCAUCAACGAGCCAACUGCAGCGGCCAUUGCAUAUGGUCUAACUAGCCUAUACUGGAAGAGGAAGCAAACCAAGAGUAAGAUUCUAGUGUAUGAUCUGGGCGGCGGGACGUUUGAUGUCAGCGUGCUUGAAGUAGAUGGCAGGAAGUUCCGUGUAUUGGCUACCGGCGGGGACACUCAUCUCGGCGGCGGAGAUUUCGAUCAGAGAGUGAUGGAAUACUUCAUCAAAUUAAUCAAAAGAAAGUACGGUAAGGAGGAUAUCAAUGAAGAUAAAAGGGCUCUAGGGAAGCUCCGUAUGGAAUGCGAGAGAGCCAAAAGGGCGUUGAGCAGUCAACACCAAGUUAGGGUCGAGAUCGAUUUUCUGUAUCAAGGGAUGGAUUUCUCGGAGCCUCUGACACAGGCGAAGUUCAAUGAAUUGAAUUUCGAUCUGUUUAAGAAGACGCUGGAGGUGGUAGAGGCGACGCUGAAAGAUGCCAACUUGGGGAAGAGCGAGAUCGAGGAGGUAGUCCUGGUGGGAGGAAGCACUAGGAUUCCGAAGUUGAGGGAGAUGCUGAAAAGGAUGUUUGAUGGGAAGGAACCCUGCAAAGGGGUGAACCCUGAUGAAGCUGUGGCUUAUGGAGCUGCUGUCUUGGGAGCCAAACUCAGCGGCCACGCAGAUGCAGUACAUGAUGGUGUUAUGUUGUUUGAUGUCACUCCCUUGAGUUUGGGAAUCGAGGAUGCUUAUGGAUUGAUGGAUUUAAUUAUCCCAAGAAACACCCCUAUUCCGACAAAAAUGUCAAUACAAUCUACCACGAUUGAAGACCUGCAACCUGAAAUGAGUAUCAAGGUGUUUCAAGGUGAAAGACCCCUGACCAAGGAUUGUGUCGAGCUUGGAAGCUUUGUUCUGUCCGGUAUCACCCCAGCUCCAAGGCGAGUCACGAAAGUGGAGGAGACACUCGAAAUCGAUGAGGAUGGAAUACUAAAAGUGACGGCCAGGGAGAAGAUCCCCGGAGCAAAAUGUCAGUCCCUGACCAUCACCAACUACAAAGGGGGUUUGACGCAACAAGAUAUUGAGAGGAUGAUCAAAGAAGCAGAGGAGAUGGCAGAGAAAGACAAGACAGCCAAGGCACGUGUGGACGCCAGGAUCGAGUUAGAGAGUUACAUCUAUGAUGUCAAGAACGCCUUUCUUAGUGGCGAUGGGCUGCAGCAGGUGGGUGAUAAGAGGAGAAAGGUGGAGAUCUCUUCUAUUGGAGCAGCUUCACGUUGGUUGGAAGAGAACCAAGGCGCUACCAGAGAUGAUUACGAGAAGAAACUGAACGAGCUGAGAGGCAUUUGGGAUCCUAUUCUAACCAAUGCCAAGAAGAUAUGAGCUUUUCAGAUCCUACGCUAACCAAACUUGUGAAUGCUGGGAAGUCUUCUUCUAAUUUCUUGCUAGCUAGGUAUUGCGCUUGUUUCUCUUUUGCUUCCAAGGCGCUGCUCGAAGGCACUGGCCUUCAUUUUGUAAAGCGACUGACAAAAGCCCUUGUGGUGUGGUUUUCUUUGUUUUGGUCUUUAGGAAAGAACAACUUUUGUGGUGAUCCAGCAGAAACCCAGAAACUGGGAAUGAAAUUAGACAUUUAAGAACAAGAAAUGCUUAAUGGGUUGCUUGUAAAUUCUGUAAAUUUUUUGUCUUUGCAACUUGGUGGAACCAAAGGGAAAGUGGGGGGAAAGGAAAGGAAGUAACCAUGGAGGAUGAUGAUUCCUUUUGAAUUGCUUUUCCCGUGCCUCAGUAAUUGGUACCCAGUAUCUGCUCCUCAAGUACGCCGCCGCCGGUCCGGCCUCCUUCUCCGUCAUCUUAGUCGGCACUUUUCUGAUUCAAGCUCCGGCGGUCGCCACCUCCGAUUGGGACUCCGUUGCAGCCGGCAGUAAAUGUUUUCGAGGGGGAAUGGCCGAAGAAUAUCAACCGCCAACGACCAACCGAUUUUUGUAUCUAUGGGCAUAACGGGCAUCUAAAUCUGGCCCAAUAACACCCUAUGGGCCGU